UCUCUGCAGUGCGACCCCCGGUUUUCUCUCCCAACUGCCUUCGCCCCCCGCCAUCCAAGCAAGCCUCUGCAUUUGUCGCUCCCAUCCAUCUAUGCGCUCGGCUCUACUCUGCUCUGCACCACCCAUCUGAAUCCUGUCCGAGCAUGGGUCUGCUCGCGUUAGGUACGCCAUUGGAGUGGCCCGAAGCCAAAAAAGUGGCUAGCCAAGUCCGAGCCUGGGGAAUAGAACAACUUCUGAGCAUAUGGGAGAAUGCCAAAGGGAAAGAGAGGGAUGCUCUGCUCUGGGGGGAUGAGAUUGAAUAUCUCGUCGUUUGCUACGAUGAGAACAAUCGCAAGGUCCGGUUAUCAUUGCGGCAAGCAGACAUUUUGGCUGCCUUGGCCAGCGACGAGAAGCUGCUGGCAGAAGGGGGCGGUGUGCCAGAUGUGCAGAGAGGACCUGUCAAGGAAACGGACAUGACCGCACCUGUUUUCCAUCCUGAAUUCGGCCGCUUCAUGCUUGAAGCAACCCCUGGCAAGCCGUGGGGGAUUGGGUUCAAAGAUUUGUUGAGCGUCGAGCCAGACAUGAAGUGGAGACGCACGAUAGCCAAGGAUCACAUGGCCAAAGAAGAAUACCCAAUCACCUUGACUACAUUCCCCCAUCUCGGACUACCGGACUGUAUUGUACCAUCAUACCUUGUUUCCGGGCCGAAAUUGAGGUCUCAGUUUGUCCCCGAUGAGAUUGCCAACCCCCACAUUCGCUUUCCAACACUGGCCGCCAACAUUCGUUGGCGUAGAGGUAGGAAAGUCGAAUUGAACGUGCCUGUUUUCAAGGACGAAAAGACAGUGUGGCCGUUCCAAGAUCCGACUGUCAAUUAUGACCUUCACCAAUGGCCGGAAGACGACGAUGUUCGUAAUGGCGCAGCAAAGGAGAACCACAUCUACAUGGAUGCCAUGGCAUUUGGCAUGGGCAGCUGUUGUUUGCAAAUCACAUUCCAGGCCAAAAACAUCGAAGAGGGGCGGAAGAUGUAUGAUCAGCUCAGCCCACUUGGGCCGAUACUGCUUGCUUUGACUGCAGCGACGCCCAUAUACAAGGGUUUCCUGGCAGAUACGGACGUACGCUGGAACCAAAUCAGUCGAGCAGUCGAUGACCGCACUCCAGAAGAGUUGGGAGAAAAGCCUCUCAAACAUGACAGAUGGCGGCUUCCCAAAUCACGAUAUGCCUCGAAUUCCACCUAUAUCUCGCAAGACGCACGCCUACGCCCCGAAUAUCUUGACCCGGACCUUAUCGUUGACCAAGACAUCAAGAAACGGCUCGCAGAAGGCGGUAUGGACGACCUUCUCGCAACCCACUUCGCCCACCUCUUUAUUCGGGACCCUAUUGUCGUCUUCGCCGAGGACCUCGAGACUCUCGAUCUCUCCAAAGCCGACCACUUCGAGAACUUGCAAUCAACAAAUUGGCAACAUAUGCGAUUCAAGCCACCUCCACCCGGAUCCGACAUGGGUUGGCGCGUCGAAUUCCGGCCCAUGGAAAUCCAAAUCACGGAUUUCGAAAACGCAGCGUUCAGCAUAUUCAUCGUGCUCAUUACGCGUGCGAUCCUCUCGUACAAUCUCAACUUUUACAUCCCCAUCGCGCGGGUCAGCGAGAACAUGGAAACGGCGCACAUUCGCGACGCUGUCUCGAGCCAGAAGUUUUGGUUCCGCAAGGACCCCUUUAGCCCGCACUCGAGUUCGCGCGGUGGCAACGGAACCGGGACAUCGACGCCUGCAGAGACCAGUCGCCCCGCGACCCCCGUCGGCCCCGUCGAGGACGAGUACGAGCAAAUGACCAUCAACGAGGUCAUUAAUGGGCAGCAUCAAGGCGGCGAGUCCAACUUCCCCGGCCUCAUUCCUCUCGUGGAGUCGUACCUCAACAGCAUGAAUGUCGACGUUGAGACGCGCUGCGAGCUGGCCCGUUACCUCGAUCUCAUCAGGAAGAGGGCCGAUGGUACAUACUGGACGGCAGCCAAGUGGAUUAGACACUUUGUGCAGACCCACGAGAUGUACAAGGGAGAUAGCGUCGUCGGGGAUGAUAUCUGCUUUGAUCUUGUCAAGGCUGCGGAGAGGAUCACGAAAGAAGAAGGCAGGGACGGGUUCGCGGGGGAGAUGUUGGGGAAGAGGAGAUGAGUGCUUGUGUUUGGAUGUGGAAAUAGCAAUGGGCGGUCGCGUGUGACGCAUGCUGUUAGAUGUUAUUUUAGAUAGGUACAAGAGGCGAUGGGAAAAACCCCAAACCCCCAAACACGACUCUGUUUUGAUGUACACGCAGCAAUUAUUCUUCGGUGAAGUCAUCAUUCACCCCCCCAACUAAAGGACAUUGGACAACGCACACAUAGACAACUACCCAACCAUGAGUAGCCUCGUGCCCCAUCCCUACCUGAUUGUAUUGCUGGCCACAACAUGCCAUUAACAAGACGAAACCUUCUCACACAUAUAUCUACUGACCAAUGUACAGCCUCCAAAAUCAUCGCCACAGAAAAUCAUGACUCCACAUCUAAGAAUAAGCCCCUUCAGACCCAACAAACUACUUCCAAUGAAAAUAAAUCAUGUUGUCAUCAAAAGGAAAAGGGGCGGCCUGAAAAUUACACGUAGACUCAACAUACACGGAUACCCACUUGCCCAGCAUGCUUGGAUCCAUAAUACGCGUUUCACCAUGGGCCUCGAGAAGAGGCAAGGCAUAGUUUUGAGUGGCGUGAUGAACAAGAUCCCUUUUUUUCUUUUCCUCU